UCGAGGUAAAAAUUUCAGCACAUUCGCUGAGGCUCUGCCAUUUUGAUUUGCGCUCUGCAACACUUCGGCAGACAUUAAAGAGUGCUCACAGAAUUUCACAAAUUGUACACAAAAUACACCGUUCACAUAAUGGCUGAUGAGGAUUUGUCGUUGAAUGAGGAUCCGCUGCUGGACACCCUCGAUGACGGGAACGACGUGAGUUUAUCGGAGGACGGCAAUAUGCAAAUCGAUCCGGAGCUGGAGGCGAUAAAGGCGCGUGUGAAGGAGAUGGAGGAGGAGGCGGAGAAGCUGAAGCAACUCCAGUCUGAGGUGAACAAGCAAAUGACGAUGGGCUCGCCGACGGGACUCACGCCGAUUCCGCUCUCACUGGACGAGAAGAUGGAGAUCGACAAUAGGUCGGUGUACGUGGGGAAUGUGGACUACGGCGCGACGGCUGAGGAGCUGGAGGCGCACUUCCAUGGCUGUGGCACCAUAAAUCGCGUCACGAUUCUCUGCAAUCGUGCCGAUGGGCAUCCCAAGGGAUUCGCCUACAUUGAGUUCGGCUCCAAGGAGUACGUUGAGACGGCGCUGGCCAUGAAUGAGACGCUCUUCCGCGGCCGACAGAUCAAAGUGAUGUCCAAGAGGACCAACAGGCCCGGCCUGAGCACCACCAAUCGCUUCCCGCGCGGCACUUUCCGGGGCCGGGGAGCCUCGCGAGCCGGCCGCUCUUGCUGUCACACGAGCUUCCGUGGAACGCGGCGUCCUAUCCGAGGAUAUCGAGGACGGGCCAACUACUAUGCGCCAUAUUGACGGAGGGCAGCCUUGUUCAGCUAUUACGAUUAUAUUUUACUGUAAAAAAAAGAAAGCAUUUUCAAAAAACAUUAUUACCUUCCUUGAAAAAAAAAAUGAGAGAAGCACACACAAAAAAGCAACAAAAAAGAGCACACGUGGUAAAAAGAGCGCAUUUGCCAAAAUGAUAAAGAGUUACACAGAAGAGAUUCUAUAAUGUUUUUUGAACACAGAAAAAAGAGAGAAAGAGUGGAAAGAGGAGGAGAAAAGAGCCAAAGGCCAGAUGAAAAUAAGAGGAAAAAAUAGAAAAGAUGCCAGAAAAAGGAAAAAAGAGAUGAAAAAAUGCUGGACAAAGAAGAAAAAGCUGAAAAAAUACAUGCAAAAGAAGGAAAUCAUAAAUCACAUUGGAGUAAAACGGAUAAAAAGGAAUAAUGAAAAAUGGAAUAAAAAUAUGCUUGCAAGAAAAA